GUUGAUAUCUUCGUAAUGACUGAGCCAUCGUCGGGUAGGUGGGUGUACUUUGACACAGAGAUAUCCAACAGCAGUGGCCGAAUAUCCUACAACAUACCCAAACAGAAGAGACUGAGAGUUGGUGUGUAUCCCAUCAAAAUGGUGGUCAGGGGGGACCAAAGCAGUGCUGCAAGUUACCUGACUGUGCUUCCCCGAGGUAUGGAAUGUGUUGUGUUCAGCAUUGAUGGUUCAUUUGCAGCAAGUGUUUCAAUUAUGGGAAGUGACCCCAAAGUCCGAGCUGGGGCAGUUGAUGUUGUCAGGCAUUGGCAGGAUCUGGGAUAUCUGAUUAUCUAUAUUACUGGCCGUCCAGAUAUGCAAAAACAGCGUGUGGUGUCAUGGUUGUCUCAACACAACUUCCCCCAAGGGAUGAUCUUCUUCUCAGAUGGACUUGUUCACGAUCCACUGCGACAAAAGACCAUUUUUCUCCGGAAUCUCAUGCAAGAGUGCCACAUCAAAAUCUGUGCCGCAUAUGGUUCCAUGAAGGAUAUUUCUGUGUACAAUGUCUUGGCUCUGUCGCCAUCCCAGAUCUACAUAGUUGGACGAUCAACAAAGAAAUACCAGGCGCAGUGUCAAUUCCUCAGUGAAGGUUAUGCAGCCCACUUGGCCUCGCUGGAGUUCAGUCUCCAUUCACGACCCAAAAAGAACAACUCUCGGAUGAUAUUGAGAAAAGGCAGCUUUGGCCUCCACUCCCAACCCGAGUUUUUGCGCAAGAGAAACCAUCUCCGCAGGACUAUGUCUGUACAGCAACCUGACCCACCUUCUUCGAACCCCAAGCCAGAGCGUGCCCAGAGCCAGCCUGAAUCAGACAAAGAUCAUGACAGGCAUUUGCCCUCCAUUGCUUGGGUUCGAGGUGGAGUUAAGUUUGAAUCUGCUCCCUAGGAAGCUUGGGAAUAGAGAUCUUGGGUGCACCCCGUUAAACUUGUAGGCAUGCCUCAAAGAUAACAUUUGGGCAGCUUCAAACGAAGAGUUGUAGCGGGGAGCUGUACUUCCAGAGUCUUCCCUGCUCUGGAAUCUGCCACCUUACACCAACUGGGGAACUUCCACUCUGUUCCUCUUGUCUUGCUUAUUGUGAAAUUUUAAACCAAUCUAAAACUAUCGCAAGUGCUUAUAACGUGAAAGCAACAGGAAA